CAUUCGUUUGUCUCAAGAAGAAAUGCCGCUAUAAAUUGUACUGUUUUUUGCUCCCGAUUUCGAUAUAACRUCGGGUUUUUUCUUUCUUCAUGCUGUUUACACAUUGAAGUAAAAUGGCUCACGGCACAGAUAGGAAAAGUACCGUUGGUUUUUCACUGCAUCUWCGAGCCACUGAGUUGAUCAACGAUUUCCUGAAAGAAUCAGAAGGACAUUUUCAGUAUUUACAAGAAAUUCUUGCCGAGGCGAAGGAACAUUUUGCAAGGAGAGACAGUGUCCAUCUUCUUCCAAAGACACCAUGUACAAAAACAAAGCGAAGGCGUAUCAUAAAAGAUCCUCAGGCUUCCCCAACUCUGGCAUCACCUCCUGUUCAAAAUMUCCCUGCUGAAASUGUCUGUAAUACACCAGGCAAUGCCSAAACCUCAUCAUCACAUCUUUCUCCUAUUGAGAAUGCYGAUGCCUCACUAAAUGAAAGUAAACGCACAACAAGAUCAACCAGAACAAGAGCUAGCAAGCAGAAGAGAUCCUCAAGACCAAAGAGAAAACAACCAAGACGAGGAGCUAAAAAAGCCAGUGAYAUKGAUGAUGGUGCUGAAGUAAAAGAAGAUGUAAAUGUAAGGGAUAAUAGUGCUACAACAGCAAAUGAUAAGGUAGUUACUCCCAAACGUUCCACUAGAAGUAAAAGGAAACAAACUGACAAUGAAUCUGAUGAAGCUACGAAGAAAAAGAAUCGAAAUGAUGUUAACAAAGAUCAGAUUGUUAAAAAUAAAACACCAUCUCCAAGAAAGUCAACCAGAAAUAAAAGAAAAGAAAGUGAACAAGAACCAGUGUUCUGA